AUGUCAAGUGAAGUGACAAGAGCUGAAAACGAAUAUUCUAAAAAGACUCAUACACAUACCAUUGCAAAUAUUACAGACUUACAAGAAACCUUAAACAGUAAAAGUGCCGUUGGACAUACACAUACCAUUGCAAAUAUUACAAACUUACAAGAAACCUUAAACAGUAAAAGUGCCGUUGGACAUACACAUACCAUUGCAAAUAUUACAAACUUACAAGAAACCUUAAACAGGAAAAGUGCCGUUGGACAUACGCAUUCUAUAUCUGAAAUAACAGACUUAAACGUUAGCCUUGAAAAGAAAGCAAAUAAGACUCAUACACAUACAAGUUUUACAACUGUUGGUAUAGAAAAUAUUGAAGGAACGGUUGAAGAAACUGGUGGGGAUGUAUUAUAUUGGAAACCUCCUAACUUUCCACAAGGUUUAACAUCGGAUGACGACAUAACGACGAUGAGAAACAUUAGAUGUAAAGAUGUUUAUGUCAUGAAGGAUGAACAUAAUAUUAAAUUCACUGCUCAAGAUUUAUAUGACAAGAAAGCAGACAAAACAGAGCUUCAAACAUUAAAGACAGAAAUACUUCAAACAUUAUAUCCUAUAGGCUCUAUUUAUACGUCAAUGAACUCUACCAGACCAGAAGUAGUACUUGGUUUUGGAACUUGGACUCAAAUAGUCGACAGGUUUUUGUAUUGUGCAAACUCUUCAAAGGAAACAGGUGGAAGUAAAACGAUUUCAGGUGAAAACUUACCUGCGCACAGUCACUACAUAGAUUUAAGUACAUCUCAAGCAGGUUGGCAUAGUCAUAGAUAUUGGAAUUGGUCAGCAAUGACAAAAGGUAAAGGAUAUGAUGUUAAAGACAACGUUCAGUUUGCUAUAAAUUGUUACUGGAGUAACACUGAGGGAGGAGGAAACCAUACACAUCGCGUUUCAGGGUAUACGCAAACAACGGGACAAA